AUGCAACACGACUCUGAAAGCGAAUAAUAGUAUUUCAACGAUGCUGAUGAAUACUUUCUCAAUCUACCACAAAAAUGUUGGGAAUUCAAACGAGUAAGAGUACCUAAUAUACUCCCCGGAGCCAAAGAUAUCUACAUCAAGAAGUGGGUAAAAGUCAAUGAUGUUUAUGACACCAAACAAUAAAAGCCCAGAAUUAAUUAUUAAGCCUCCAUCAACAGAACACAUCAGGAAUUACAGAGACUUUUAGCCAACAGUACUACCAAUACCUAAGAGUUGAGCUAAUUAUUACAAAAAAUGACCCAAAUGAAAAAGUAAGCUGUGGCUUAAUAACCUAAAAUUAAGAAAGUGGCUGCUCCCAAAUUUUAUGUUUGUCCUGUAACUACUUGCAAAAAAACAUUCUUUGACAACUCUAAACUCAGAAGACAUUAAUUAGUACACACUGGGGAAAAGCCUUUUAAAUGUGAACUAUGUUAAAAAGGAUUCUCCUUAGAUUUCAAUCUUAAAACUCAUAUGCGUACCCACACUGGAGAAAAACCAUAUUCAUGCAGAUAUCCUGAUUGCCAAAAGCGAUUUAGUUAGUCCAGCAAUCUGACCGCCCAUUUAAAGAAUCAUUAAAAUCCUGAUUACGCUGCAUCUGAAAGCGAAGAAGUUAUUGAUGAACUAGAAGAAGAAAUUGGUGAAGAUGAUGUUGAUUAAUGAAAUUUUAUAAUAAUUAGUUGGCAAAAUUAUUUUUU